AUGAGGCGGGCGCGGCCCUUCUCGGCCUUGUGGGCGCUGCUGCCGUUGGCCCUGUGCGGCGGGGGGGCCGGCGCCCAGGGGGGGCCGCAGGCCGAAGUGCCUCAACCAACAAAUGUUAAAAUAAAAACAUAUAAUUUCAAGACCUCCUUACAUUGGAAUUACCAAGACAUGUCACCAGAGCCUCUCUUUACAGUGCAGAUCUGUUGUUAUGGCAGUUGCACUUACACAGAAGUAAGUUCCUGUGUAAACAUAUCACAACAUUAUUGUGACCUCACCCACAAGAUCCAUAACCAAUGUAAUCAGCUGUGGGCAAGAGUUAAAGUUCUUGCUGGAUCACAUGAAUCUAAAUAUGCGGAGAGUGCCAUGUUUCAGUCGUUCAGGCAUGCCAAAAUUGGUCCUCCAAAGUUUAACCUCUCCAUUGAGGAUGAUGAACUUGUAGUUGCUAUUAAGCAUCCUCUCACGCCAUAUCGUGGGGAGUAUCCACUUAGUGUGAGGGAAAAUCUCACUGAUUUCUCCUACAAAGUAUUCUUUUGGAAACAGGCAAGUCAGCAAAAGGAUGAACCUCUUGAAGCAGAGGACUGCGACAUGUAUAUGUGUUUUGCAUAUCUUCAUGUUCCUUUGGGGUUCACAUACUGUGUUUCAGUUCAAGGAAUUUCUGAAGACUAUUCAGUGAUUGGUGAAAAAUCAAACGCAAGCUGUAUUCUUCUUCCUUCCAAACAUCCAUUAGAUGUAGCAGGAGCUGUUAUAGGAGGAGUUGUUGUCUUAGUCGCUGUUCUUAUGGUUGCAAUACUUCUGGCCUGCAGAUGGGCUGAGCGGAGAAACAUUCCACUGCCCAAAUCUCUGAUUUCUGUAGUGAGAAGCAUAAAACCUGUCAACAGCUUUGAGACAAAAACAGAAGGGAAAUAUGCUGCUAUAUCAUCUUUAACUUAUAAGCCGGUGUGUGAAGAUGGAAAACCAAUGGAACCAAUAGAGCACUUAACAGAAGUUCAGACCAGUGACCUCGAGGUUUCUGGCAAGAUUGGUACCGAAUCCCAGACCGUCCAAGAAGCCUCUGCUGGGGAACGCUGUGAGAGCAAACAAAGCCAUGAAGCCAGUGACACUUAUAAAUCUGUCAGUGGCCAAGAAGAAAUGUGUAACAGUCUUCCAAAUGAGGAUGUUCCCAGAGCAGAUGUACAACAACCCACAGACCUAGGAGCCUGUAGAAAGGUGUCUGGGUAUGACAAGCCUCAUUGGAUGCUCUCUGAUGCUGGUGGAUGUGAAUCGCCAAUUGCAUAGAUGCUCACUGAUGAGUUAG